AGUAAGAAAAAGAUUACAAAAAAAAAAAAAAAAAAAAUAGAGAAAGAACGAAAGAAGAUAAGCAGAAGAGCGAGAGGAAGAGUUCAGUAGUCGGAAACAAUGGCGAUAACAUUAACAACCCCUCCUCCACAAAGUUAACAAACUAAUAGCAAAAUUGCAGUAAUGGAGCUUGCCCGUCAAACAAUAUCCCCAACCCUUCUCCCCUUGUCAAUCCACCGUUCUCCUCUCUCCUUCCCCUCCAAUCUCCGCCCUCAAUUUCACUUCCACACACUCUCCGUUACAUCCCCCAUCAAGCAGUUACAGUGCUCUCAAACCGGAACCCAGUUUAUACAACAAGAACAAGAUGAUAUUGAUGAUGAUUUCGAAACGUCGACGUUUUUGUCUUUGAGCUCGAAGCCAGACAGGAACAUGGCGAUGUUAGACGAUUAUGAGAUGGAGGAGCUUGGUUAUUCUCAUGACCCAAAUCAUCGCAGUGGAUAUGUAGCUGUUGUAGGCAAGCCAAAUGUUGGAAAAAGUACACUUUCAAAUCAAAUGAUCGGGCAAAAGCUUUCAAUCGUAACAGAUAAGCCUCAAACAACAAGACAUCGUAUUCUUGGUAUAUGUUCUGCCCCAGAGUAUCAGAUGAUACUAUAUGAUACACCUGGUGUUAUCGAAAAGAAAAUGCACAUGUUAGACUCAAUGAUGAUGAAGAAUGUCCGAAGUGCCGCCAUUAACGCGGACUGUGUAUUAGUGGUUGUCGAUGCGUGCAAGACACCCCAAAAUAUUGACGAAAUGCUGCAAGAAGGUGUAGGUGAGCUAAAAAAUAACGUGCCUGUGUUGCUGGUUUUGAAUAAGAAAGAUCUCAUUAAACCUGGUGAAAUGGCAAAGAAACUCGAGUGGUAUGAGAAAUUUACAGAUGUAGAUGAUGUCAUACCCGUGAGUGCCAAGUAUGGUCAUGGAGUUGAUGAUGUAAAAGACUGGAUCCUAUCGAAACUUCCUCUUGGACCAGCAUUUUAUCCCAAGGAUAUAACUAGUGAGCAUCCAGAAAGAUUCUUCAUAGCUGAAAUUGUGAGAGAAAAAAUCUUCAUGCAGUUUCGUAAUGAAGUUCCUUACGCGUGCCAGGUGAAUGUUAUAAAUUACCAAACCAGACCUAAUGCUAAAGACUUCAUUCAAGUUGAGAUAGUUGUUGAAAAGAACACACAGAAAAUUAUCCUCAUCGGGAAGGAUGGUAAAGCGCUAAAAUUACUUGCCACGGCUUCAAGGCUCGAUAUUGAAGAUUUCUUGCAGAAAAAGGUUUUCUUGGAGGUUGAAGUGAAGGUGAAAGAGAAUUGGAGACAGGAUGAAGGGCUAUUGAGAUACUAUGGAUAUGGGGGCAAAAUCAAAGCUUUGUGAUACCGAAACUCCAUAGAUGGCCCGGUUUUGUGUGAAAGUGAACGGUUUCUUGAUUCGAGUAUAACCGGUUAUAUAUGCCAACAUGGAUUUUGUAUCCGACUACGCCAUUGUUGUAAUGAGUAUAGAAAACAUUAAUUUUUAAGAUAUUAUUAUAGCCUUGUAGGGAGAUGUUAGCAUGGUUCAGUUGUUCCCUGUUAUUGUAACUUGCUAUCUUGAAAUUCGAUUGGAUGAGAAAUCACUCAUAUAUGGUGUAA